AUGGCCAUAAUUCAACUGGAGCAGUUACAUAGCUACUGUGGCUAUAAGAACAGGGAUAUUUUGGAUUACUUUGAGAAUACUUACGACUUGGAUGAAACAUUGUUUAGUGCCCUCAAAGAUGAGUCCAGCUUCAGCCUGUGCCCAAACCAACUACGGUUGCCUCUGAUCUUCUACUUCUGCCAUCCUUCAGUGUUUUACAUCAACAAACUGUUGCUCUCUGGCCUCAUUAAGGAGCAAGUGGAACCUAACGUUGAAGCUCUCUUUGAGGCAGGAGUGGAUGAGAUGUCCUGGGAUGACACGGAGAAUUGUCGGCUGGGGGGAUGUUUCAACUGGCCUACGUUAAAGGAAUGUGUUGAGUACCGGAGGAAGAUACGGGAUGUAGUUCGUAAAGUCAUUCAGGAGACUGCACUAGAGCUUCCAAUAACAAUGGACAGUCCUUGGUGGGCAAUUUUCAUGGGAUUUGAACAUGAGCGAAUUCAUCUGGAAACUUCAUCUGUGCUAAUUCGUCAACUACCGAUUCACCUGGUUCAAAGGCCUCCCAACUGGAAAUAUGCCCCCUCAAAGAGUGGUUGCAAGUCUGGCUGUGGUGGUGACCUUGCAAGUUACUCUCAUUGUCAACCAGAUAAAGCUAACGUUAAAGCAGGUCACACAGAGGAACCUCACAACGGCAGUCUAAAUGGACACUGGAAUGGUAUUGAAAAGAACUGGAAUGGGGAAGAACUGCCAGAAUACAGGUAUAGAGCUUUGUUUGAUAUCCUCCCAAUGCCCUGGGAUUGGCCAGUGGAAGUCAACUAUCAUGAAGCAAAGGCCUUUUGUGAUUGGAAAGGCAAUGGAUAUCGCCUCCUCACUGAAGCCGAACAUCAUCGGAUUCGAUCUGGCAGUCAGAAGUGCCCUUUGAAGUUCUAG